CGCGGAAGUGUUACCGGAUGGUGGGGGGCAUCCUGGUGGAGCGCACGGUCAAGGAGGUGCUGCCCGCGCUGGAGAGCAACAAGGAGCAGAUCAGCAAAAUCAUCGCGACGCUGAACCAGCAGCUGCAGGCCAAGGGCCGGGAGCUGAACGAGUUCCGGGAGCAGCACCAGAUCCGCCUGGUGGGCGAGGAUGAGCCCCGGCAGCCGCCCGGCGAUGGGGCCGGGGGGGCCGCGGCCAAGGGAGGCUCUGCCGGGGUCCUGGUCUCGUAGCGCCGGGUCCC